AUGAUUCAGCAACCUAUCAAAAGACCUAGAUUGGCCCUCAGCUGUGUUGUCUGUCGUCGUCGCAAGGUUCGCUGCGGUCGCGAACAUCCACAAUGUGUCAACUGCACGCGAAUGAACGAGACCUGUGUGUACAACACAGGAGUUCGUGACGAGCUUACUGGCCGGGUGCGACAUGUAUUCUUGAAUAAUGAAAGCAAUCAUUCUGAGAGCCGACCCUCCAAUCAUGCUGCUGAGCCGGACACGGGAGUAUGGCCUGGCACUCAAGCUCCAGGGAUACUGGGUACACCAGGCUCGGAAGCGAAGUACCCAACUGCUUCACCCCUUGAUCCCCGGCUGGCCUGUUCCACAAAUCGAGUCGCAGAUCUAAUUUAUAACGAUGAGCCUUCUACAGGCACAAACAAUGUGCCGGAUGCUACCUUGAACCCCUCUGCUACAUCGGAGUCAUCCUCUGCGCAUAGGCCAGUUCCAAUCUGCAAUGACUACCUGAAUUUGCAGCGAAACGGUCAUUCAAGGUUCAUUGGUCGAGCAUUUUGGGGUUCUAUUGCUGGAAAGGAAACCCAAAGCGAUGACUUUUUCAAGUGCCAUCAUGUUGCCCACGAUAUGGCCUCAUAUGCUUCUGCUGCAAAGAUGUUUAGCCUCCUGAAGUCUCUGCCCACAAAACCCGUUAGCAACGCCCUGCUUGAGGUAUUCUUCAUCGCAGUGUGGCCCAUUUGCCCUCUCGUGGACCGGUCCUCACUGCAGACAGAUUACGAUGACUUCUGGGCCUGGUGUGGAAAUAAUGACGAGUCAUUGCCAUCGCAGAAGUUCAUUGACGACCCAACGUUUUUCUGUUUACUAUUUGCAAUACUGUACUGCGGCGCAUCAGCCGCGCCGGAGGCUCACUGGGCAAGCGAUCUGCUUCAGGAUGAGUGUAAAGAUACGAUUUUGAAGCAGCUUAAGACCGCCUAUACAGCCAGUCUUUCCCAGUCUUGUCAUCUGGAGUAUCCGACAAUAAACACCCUCGUCUCGACGUUGUUAACAGGCCCAUUCAUUGACCCACCCCCUGAAUCGAUGCAAAGUUUGGUCUCCAUCAGCACUACAGUGCGAAUAGCCCAGAGUAUGGGACUCCACCGUGAAGCAACAUGGUCGGCUCUCAAUCAUAAAGAUCAAGAAACAAGGCGCCGGAUUUGGUGGCAUAUAGUCUGGCUCGAUCUGCAGACGAGCGUAUCUACCGGCCUUCCGCCCUGCUGUGGAGGAGAUGUACUAGACGGAGUAAGCGUGGUUGCUUAUGGUGACAAUGGCGGAGCUGUCAUCAAUUCCGAAGUCUUGGACCUAACACUAUUGUUCGCCAUCGGGCGAUCCGAAAGCACUCGCCUGCAAUGGAAUAUCAUUUCUCACCUACAGAACUCACGAGAAAUGACUACGAAGAAGCUUUCAGAGCUUGCCACGGACGCGAAACGGGUUGAGCAGACAAUUGACACUCUCAUCGGUCAUAUAUCCACACAUACACUCGAAACAGCUAUCACACUACACAAGCCGGUAUUGGUUUCCCCAAUAGAGAAAGACUCAGACUCCAAAAAGCUAUGGACCAGAGUUGUGCACCUCUGCGUGGCUUAUUUGCGUGUUUUUAUAUGGCUCCACGAUACCCCUGCGCUUUCGCCCUACAUAUGGUACUGGCAUAGCCAGUACGGGCCCCUGCAAUGCGCACUUCUUACAUUGACAUAUAUCCAACAAUCCCACAUAUUAAGCGAAGUACCGAACGCCCGAUCGUGCCUUGAUGAUUACAUCUGUCUCAUUAUCUCACAAUACCAGGCCCGGGGUUCUUCGCCUGAAAACCAGACGGCCGAUGAUGAUAGCGCUGGCCAAGGCCAAUUGAAAGACAGGAUGCCACUCGCUAUGCAAGCUCUCAUCGACCUCCAUAUUGGCCUGGAACUCUCUCUGGCAUCUACCCCACGGACUCAAACUGCCCUUGAUAGUACCAUUUCUGCAUCGACAUAUACCACCCUAACGGAUAAUGACGGUGGAUUGGACUUAGAGUCUAUUUCCAAUAUGGCACAGUCUGACUUUGAGUCAUGGGCGGCAUUUUCGCUAUCCCAGAUAUUCUAA